AUGGAUAUCUGUGAUAUUCACCUCUUACAGCUCAAAUUUGUCCAGCUUCGAUUUCAGCAGAAGCAGUGCAACGGUGAAAUGCUUCUAGAGCUAACAGAGAGCGACUUGAUCAACGACUUUGGAGUAAGAGACCGCGUCCAACGUGAACGCAUCCUGAAUGCCAUCGAAGCUAUAAACACGAGCACUGCAUUCUCAGAUGAGGAUGACGAAGACGAUGAUGACGACGAAGAGGAAGAGGACGCAAACGAAGAUGAUGAAGACGAGCUUGAAGAAAGCGAAGAGUCGAGACCUCAGAUGCGGCACUCAAUUGGGGGAGGUAAGAUUCAUUCAUCUGCCGGCUAA